UGACCUUGGCCUUGCCGCUUGGCUCUUAAGGAAUCAGAGGUAGCGAAGGUGAAAGACCUAACGCGCUUCUCCCCUCGGCGGGCAGCUGGGACCUGCCGCCUCCCCCCCGGGGCGGAGCGCGGCCCUCGCCCCUCCCGGCCCGGCCGCGCCGCUCGCUCCGCGCCUUCGCCAUGGCCUUCGCCACCCGCCAUUUCGUGCGCGCCGCCUCCUCCGACGCCGCCACGGUGGCCGCCAAGAAGCUGCUCAUCAAGCAUGUCACGAUCAUCGGCGGCGGCCUCAUGGGCGCGGGCGUCGCCCAGGUUGCAGCAGCCAGUGGUCACACUGUGGUAUUAGUAGACCAGUCAGAUGAAAUCCUUAAAAAGUCCACAAAAGGAAUUGAAGAGAGUUUGAAGAGAGUGACAAAGAAGAAGUUUGCAGAUAAGCCUGAGGCUGGUGCUGAGUUCAUUAAGAAGACCUUGAAGAACCUCACAACAAGCACAGAUGCAGCAUCAGUGGUCCACAGCACGGAUCUGGUGAUAGAAGCCAUUGUGGAGAACCUGGAAGUUAAAAAUCAACUCUUCAAGAGUCUGGAUAAGUUUGCCCCAGAGCAUACGAUAUUUGCAAGCAACACUUCAUCCUUGCAAAUCACAAAGAUGGCAAACGCAACCACCAGGCAGGACCGAUUCGGUGGUCUCCAUUUCUUCAAUCCUGUGCCUAUGAUGAAGCUUGUGGAGGUCAUCAAGACUCCAAUGACCAGCCAAAAGACUUUUGAAUCACUAGUGGAUUUCAGUAAAGCAGUAGGAAAGAGUCCUGUCAGUUGUAAGGAUACUCCAGGGUUUAUUGUAAACCGUCUGUUAGUGCCGUAUAUGAUGGAAGCUGUUCGACUUUUUGAGAGAGGAGAUGCAUCAAAGGAAGAUAUUGAUGUUGCUAUGAAGCUUGGGGCUGGCUAUCCCAUGGGUCCAUUUGAACUGCUGGACUAUGUUGGGUUGGAUACCAGUAAAUACAUUGUAGAUGGAUGGCAUUCAUUAGAGCCCAACAAUCCUCUUUUUGCACCCAGCCCACUCCUGAAUAAACUGGUAGAAGAAAAGAAGCUGGGUAAAAAGACUGGAGAAGGAUUUUACAAAUACAAAUGAACUCCAGACCUCAAGAGGUGUUAAACUAUCUGUAUAUGCUAUUCAGUGUUGCCAUAAUACAGGUGUUUAAACCUUCCCAAGGGUGGCACAAGCUGCGUUUAGAACAUAACUCACUUGUGAGCUGAGUGAUUGCACUAGUUAACUGUGGUCAAAGCUUGAUUUGGUAGAUUGUUUAUUUCUUGUAAUUCUGAAAAUCUUUCUAUGUACAGUGCCUUCAUGAAAUGUUGAUUUUUCUCAGGUGCAGUACAGAAUGACAAGUGAAUUUAUGUAUUUGAAACAUUAUUAUAUUGAUGGGGAAAAUCCUAAAAAUAACCUCCCUUUCUUAAAAAUAAAAUUUUCAGCAAUUCUGUAUUGAGUCUGAGGGCUUGCAGUUGUGUCUUGGAUGGAGCCCACAGGGUGGCAGUCUCUUCCCACGCUGGCAAACGCAGCCUGGACAGGCAGUUGGAUGUUUUGUUAGGAUUUUUUUAAGUGCACCGCUAAUCUGUAGGUGUAAAUUACAGUGCCUCGAACAAUAAUGUUUUGAAGGACAUAUUUAAAAAUAAAUAAAGAAUCCCGCAAUGGCAGGCUGUUUCCCAUAGCAGAAGGUUCCCAAUAAAGCAUUUAAAAGCAGA